AUUAACCCAAAAACAAUGGCUGUUGCUUGGUCUGGAAAAGCUUCUUCCAUGGAGGCUUUGUCCCUGUCUCUGUCUCCUCCCGUUAUUCUAACGCAAGACGAAUUGAAAAAGAUCGCCGCUUACAAAGCCGUGGAGUUCGUCAAAUCAGGCAUGGUUCUGGGUCUAGGCACAGGAUCGACUGCCAAACACGCCGUGGACCGCAUCGGCGAGUUGCUACGUCAAGGCAAGCUCAACAACAUCAUAGGAAUCCCCACCUCGAAGAAAACCCAAGAACAAGCCAUUUCUCUAGGCAUCCCACUCUCGGAUCUCGACAGCCAUCCCACCAUCGAUUUGGCAAUCGACGGCGCCGAUGAAGUCGACCCGCAUCUCAAUCUCGUCAAGGGAAGAGGCGGGUCUCUUCUAAGAGAGAAAAUGGUGGAAGGAGCUUGCAAGAAAUUCGUUUGCAUAGUUGAUGAAUCCAAGCUAGUUAAGUAUUUGGGAGGCAGCGGUUUUGCUCUGCCGGUUGAAGUGGUUCCUUUUUGCUGGAAAUUCACCGCCGAUAAACUUAAAAACUUGUUUCGAGAUUCGGGUUGCGUUGUGAAGCUGAGGAAUGAUUGUAAAGGGCAGCCUUUCGUGACGGACAAUGGGAAUUACAUUGUAGAGUUGUAUUUGAAGAAAGAGAUUGGGGGUUUGCAAGUUGCAAGCGAUGCUAUUUUAAGGAUUGCUGGUGUGGUUGAACACGGGAUGUUUCUUGACAUGGCCACUACUGUUAUUGUUGCAGGUGAGCUUGGAAUCACCAUUAACAAGAAGCAGUAGAAACUGAAAUUUUGCUUCUUC